AUGGACAUCACCGAUUCAACCUUGCCUGAUCCAACCCCGGAACCCUUGCCCAGUCUGGAAGAGAUUCGAGCUCAGGUUUCACGUCUAGAAGCCUCGUUACGUGCAAAAGAUGUCGCUCUCUCAGGUCGGAUCAUCCACGUCUGUCAUCACCUCCCCGUUGAGAUCACACGUGCUGUACCCCAGUCGACACCUAUCUUGGGCGGUUCGACCCACCUACCUUCCGCUGCCGCUGAGUUCAAGCCCGAAGAGCAAGAAGUGACCACCGAGUCCCACGAUGCACAAUGGAGGAUCCAUGCCAGGACAGCUCAUACAGCUAUGAUCUCUGGCAUUCGCAGUCUUUCUCAAACGCAUGAACAGUUCGUCGUCGCCUGGACAGGAGAGGUCUUGCUCCAGACACAAUCAGGUCCAACACCCACCUUGGAUCCUGUACCCACUCUUCCUCACCUCCUUCCUACAGAACAAGGCCAUGCCAACGGUGACCAUGCUGAAAAUGGAGAUUUUAAUGGAUUCAAAACACCUGUCGAGCAACCGCUCAAAGUCUUCAAUGGAGAAUUUAAUGAUGCAGAAAGGCAGGAGAUUGAAAGUGAACUCAACAGAUUCACCGAAGUCGAAGCCGCUGCGGACGAUAGGGGGAAACUGCACUACGUGCCGGUCUUCCUUCCACCUGACGUGUCCAAAGGUCACUAUGAAGGAUUUUGCAAGAAAACCCUCUGGCCGCUCUUCCACUAUCUCCUCUGGCUCGACUCGACUGCCACUGUUCCCUCCCCUGAUCCCCUCUUCAUCCACUACCACCGGGCGAACGCCCUCUUCGCAUCCCGAGUCGCGGAAAUCUACCAACCCGGAGACCUCAUCAUUGUCCACGAUUAUCAUCUCUUGCUCGCCCCCAAAAUGAUCAGAGAGGCGCUUGGAAACUAUCAACAACCUCAUCAGAGCUGGACUCAACACUUUCACAGCCCGUCCCCGGCCAUUGGCAAUGGACAACCCAAGGGGAUGGAUUGGGAGAGCAGUCAGUCCACUCCUAGGUCUCACGACUUCCGAGGUGGACAGAGUUUGGAUAAGCCGGGUGGAUUUUUCGGUCAUGUUGGAUCGGCGUUGGGUCAACAUCUCCGAAAUCCCCAUCAAACGGCAGAGAUCAUGAUUGGAAUGUUCAUGCACACUCCCUGGCCAUCGUCCGAGAUUUUCAGAUGUAUCCCAAAACGCCGCGAGAUCCUCGAUGGAAUGCUCGGAGCCAACGUCAUCUCUUUCCAGACUUACGCCUACUCCCGACACUUUGUCUCGACGUGCAUAAGAGUCUGCGGAUACGAGUCUGCGCAGGGAGGUGUCGAGGCAAACGGAUCCUUCACCGCCGUCACUCACUGCCCGAUCGGCAUUGACAUCAAGCGUGUCUCCCAUGAUCGCGACUCGCCCGGUGUGGCGCCCAAGAUGGAAGCUCUCAAAACGCUCUACAAGGACAAGAAGAUCAUCAUCGGUCGUGAAAAACUGGAUCCUGCCAAGGGAGUCUACAACAAGCUUCAGGCGUUUGAAAAGCUUUUGGAGGUAUAUCCCGAGUGGCGCGGAAAAGUGGUCCUCAUUCAAGUAACCACGCCUGCUCUGUCAGAAACACCUCAGCUUGAGCGAAAGACUGCUGAAUUGGUUAGUCACAUCAACGGCACCUACGGCGGUCUUGAUUUUACCCCAGUCCACCACUAUCACCAAGCGAUUGAACGAGAGGAAUACUUUGCCCUGUUGUCCGUCGCCGAUCUGGCCUUGAUAACCUCUCUUCGAGACGGUAUGAACACGACGUCCAUGGAGUUCAUCCUCUGCCAGGACAAAACGUUCAAGUCGCCUCUCGUCUUGUCCGAAUUUAUGGGCACAGCGACUUCUUUCCAGUCGGCUCUCCAAAUUAACCCUCAUGACUUGCUCGGCGUGGCAGAAGCCAUCGACAAAGCUUUGAGAAUGUCACAGGAGGAGAAGGAGGAACGACACGCUCAGCUCUACAGCAGUAUCUCGGGUUCAACGAGUCAUACUUGGGCUGCGACGAUUCUCACCCAGCUUCUGGAAAACGUUGGAGGAGAUCAUACGGCGCAUCAGACGCCUGCUCUGGAUCUAGGCGUGAUGAAAAAGGCUUACAAGAAGGCCAAGAAGAGGUUGAUGCUGUUUGAUUACGACGGUACCCUUACGCCCAUCGUCAAAGUUCCCUCUCACGCCAUUCCCACUGAGCGUACUCGCCGAGCCAUUUCAGCCGUCGCCGCCGACCCCCGGAACAUCGUCUAUCUCAUUUCUGGACGAGAUGGCGACUUCCUCAUGGAGCAUUGGGGCGAUGUUGAGGGUCUCGGUCUGUCCGCUGAGCACGGAAGUUUCGUUCGCGCCCCUGGGGCCGACGAGUUCUCCAAUAUGACGGAGACUCUGGACAUGAGCUGGAUGAGCGAGGUCGAGGAGAUUUUCAGGUACUACAUGGAGCGUACGACGGGAAGUACGAUUGAAGUCAAGAAAGCUUCCAUUACUUGGCACUAUCGGAAUUCGGAUCCAGACUUUGGCGAGUUCCAGUGUAAACAAGCUCUAGACUUGUUGGAGAGCAGCUUGGCGCCACGCCGACCAGUCGAGGUUCUCGUUGGCAAGAAAAAUCUUGAAGUCCGACCUCUUGCCGUCAACAAGGGAGAGAUCGUGCGGAGAUUGAUGUAUGAGAACCCCGACGCUGAUUUCAUCUUUUGCGCGGGAGAUGACAAGACUGACGAAGACAUGUUCCGAUCGCUUCGGACGGUCUUCCCCCCUGGCGGUUCGGGCCCAGGUCAACCCUUGAUGCUCAAGCCACCUGUCGCUGUGACCUCAAGUCUCGAUCCUGAGGAUGCUGAGCAGCUUCCCGAUGUGGAGCUCCACUUGACUCCCGAGGUUAUCUUUGCAACAACGGUUGGACCACCGGCGAAGAAGACUUUGGCCAGCUGGCAUGUAACAUGUCCGGAGGAAGUGGUUGAGGCUCUUGAAGGGCUGUGCGAGGCGUGA